AUGCUGAAGCCAGUGGUGAAACCUGCAGAGGUGGCACAUCUGGCGCCCCACUCCCCAUCGGAACCAGAAGUGACCCCUCUUGAUGACUCUUCAAGUAGUGAUGUGUGGCUCCUGGUUUCUGAAACUAAUGGGCCAGUGGGUGCUCCCAGUGCACCACCUUGUGUUCCCCCCAGCCUGAGCCUGAGGGCGCUCACUCUUUUGCCACUCCUGCGGGAAGCAGCAGUCUCUUUGGGUCCGUGGAGUUGUGCUGGUGGGGAGCCUCACACAGUGGUUGGUGGCCCUGUUGGCACGUAUGUGGGCUUGUGCGGCGUGAGCGCUGCCCUGGGAAACGCCUUCUGCUCGUUUUGGCUCAGCGAGGCACAGGUUGUCAGUCUGCCGGCCUGCAUUACAGAGGAUCGAACUACGACUGCCUCUGUGAACUCUCAGAACAUUGGGCCCUCUAUGCCUGAGAGAGUUGCAUCAUUGGAGCUACCGGCUCUGGUAGAUCAGGACGCUGAAAGGCCUGAGCCUGAGGGCGCUCACUCUUUUGCCACUCCUGCGGGAAGCAGCAGUCUCUUUGGGUCCGUGGAGUUGUGCUGGUGGGGAGCCUCACACAGUGGUUGGUGGCCCUGUUGGCACGUAUGUGGGCUUGUGCGGCGUGAGCGCUGCCCUGGGAAACGCCUUCUGCUCGUUUUGUUGGUGCUAAAUUACGCACAGCGGAGGUUGAGAGCGCGCCUCCGUUCGGGGUCUGGGGGACCGGUGCUUUCUCUGAUUGCGGGACCGAGCUGCACCUCCCGCGGCAGUUUGGAGACUGCCAAUCAUCACAAGUACACAAAUUCUGAGCCCCGUUUCCACCGGCGCAGCUCCUCCUGCCUCCACUGCUCUGGAUUGACCCCACAGGCCAGAGUCGCUCCAGUUGUGGACACUGAUCAUCAAUAUUAG